AUGGGUCUAAAUGAGGUUUAUGUGGGGGUUAUGAGCAACAUCUUGAUGAUUCAACCAUUGUCAUCCCUUGAUACUGUCUACAACAUUUUGUUGCAAGAUGAAAAACAGAGACAGGUUAUCCCCAAUACCCAAUUUAACUCAGAAUCAGCCUCUUUUAAUGCAAAUUCCAACAUUAACAGAUUCCCUUCUCAACUCUCAUCUACAAAACAAUAUACACAAAGGGUGAACUUUGAUUCAAGCAACCAAAAAUCCAAUACCACUUUGUCUUGCAAGUAUUGCAAGAAACCUGGUCAUACAAUUGAAAAAUGCUACAAAUUACAUGGUUUUCCCCCAAAUUUCAAAUUCACAAAGGGAAAAAGGUCUGGUACUGCUGCAAGUGCUGAGGGGCAGAUUUCUGAAUCUUCUGCAUUAUAUUCUCCAACUGAUCAAAGCUUUUUGAUCCCUGGUCUUACCAAAGAGCAGUACUCCCAGUUGAUGCAGUUGCUCAAUCAGUCUAAAUUGGGCGAUUCAAUGACUCAACAUAUUCUAAUGGGAUCUGCCAAUUUUGCUGGUAGUACUUCUUCUCUUCCUCUGUGUUUAAAUGGUAGUUCUAUUGUGCGCAUGUUGACUAGUGUAGCUAGAAGGGUUUGGAUAGUGGAUUCAGGGGCAACUGACCACAUGACUUCAAAUAAGGACCUCCUUUUUAAUAUUACACCCCUUCCUGUUCCUUACUUAGUUUCUCUACCUAAUGGUUAUAAAGUUAAGGCCCAUUCUAUGAAGAAGCUUCUGGAUCUUGGUAGAAUGGACCAAGGAUUAUACAAAUUUCACUUCAACCAUUCUACUCAUUCCAUGUCACCUGAUAAUUUUGUUCCUCCUUUCAAUAAUCUAGUACAUAAUACUGAAUUUUCUUUACAUACAGAUGUUAAAAAUAUGAGCCACAGUUCUGCUUGUACUUUACCUUGUGGUACUGUUCAAAAUGUACAAACUGAGAAUCCAUGUUAUGUUUCUACUUUACCUUCUUGUACUGUUCCAAAUAAUGUGAAUAAAAAUGAUGUUCUUUGGCAUCACAGAUUGGGGGAUGUCAUUUUCCAUGAAUGUGUUUUUCCUUAUACUUUGUCAUCUUCUGCUCCUUCUCAUCAUUCUCCUCCAAUGCCUACCUUUUAUGAUUCUACUCCUGAUCUUGUUACUGCUUCCUCUGUCCCUACAGAUCCUCCAAAUCCCCCUCUCCCUACUUCUCAAAUACUUGACACUCUUGAUGCUCCCACCUCUGUCCACACCACUGCUUCUCCUCCUACUCCCACUCAUCCUACUGUUUCAAUUGAAUCAACAAUUCCUCAUGUUCCUGAAGUAAGAAAAAGUUCCAAAACCCAUCAACUCCCUACUCACUUGAAGGAUUAUGUGGUCCAGCUUCCUUCAUCUGCUUCCUGUUCUUCUUCUUCACUCUUGUCUACUGCAGUAGAACCCUAUUCUUACACUCAGGCUGCUACUAUUCCUGCUUGGCAAGAGGUCAUGAGGAAAGAAUUUGAGGCCCUAGAUGCAAACCAAACUUGGAAAAUUAUUGAACUACCUACUGGGAAGAAGCCUAUAGGGUGUAAGUGGGUAUAUAAAAUUAAAUACAAAACUAAUGACAGUGUGGAGAGAUACAAAGCUAGAUUGGUGGUUAGAGGUGAUACUCAAGUGGAAGGAAUUGAUUUCAAUGAAACUUUCUCUCCAGUUAUUAAAAUGUGCACUAUUAGAUAUGUAAUUAUUGUAGUUGUCAAACAACAAUGGCCUUUGUUUCAGUUGGAUGUUAAUAAUGCAUUUCUGCAUAGGGAUUUGCAUGAAGAGUCUACAUGA